AUCAUCUAAAUGUUGCUCACACCCUGUCCGUAAAACUUUUUUAUCAGACCAAGUUCUACACAUCGUGUUCGGAUACUGAAACUGUACCCUAUCAUACCGUGCCCACCACCGGCAUACUGGGAACGCGAUUAUUCCGUGAUGGUGCGACGUUUUUCGCCCUCAACAGUGGACUACAAAGUGCUCCGGAAUACUAUGUCGGCAUGUUGAAGUCCUUCAAUUUCGCCUCAACCACCGAUGCAGUGAGACAAAUGUGCACAAAGUCCG